AUGUCUCUCCCUGAGGUUGGGAGGAUAGCUUCUGACACAACUUUCUUAUUGAAAGUAAUAGAAGAAUAUCUUGGCGGACCACCAUGGACUCAGGAAUAUUCAAAAAAUGAUGUUAAAGUUUGGUCAAAAGGGUCGAAAAAUGAUCAAAUCAAGACUUUCAAGGCAACUGCCCUUUUCAAGGGAGUUUCAGGAUCCGAGUUAUUUGACUGUAUCAUGGAUUCCGAUUAUCGAAAGGAGUGGGACAAGUCAAUGAUUGAAAGUUACGAACUGUGUCAAGUACACCCUCAAAGUGACAUAGGAUAUUACUCUCUUCGUUCGCCUCCAGGAUUGAAAAACAGGGAUUUCGUUCUUCAGAGAACAUGGGAAAGGUUUGACUCGUAUUAUGUAAUCGCCUGCCACUCUAUAUUUCAUAAGGGAAUUCCUGUUCGAAAACAGUGUAUCCGAGCAUUAACCCAUAUGAAUGCAUAUAUUAUUCGUCUACUUGGUACAAAUUCCUGUGAAAUGACUUAUGUCACCAGCUGUGAUUUUCGUGGUAAACUACCAAUAUGGGUAAUUAACAAGGCUACACAGUUGAUGGCUCCUCGAGCAAUUCAAAUAUUGUACAAAGCAUGCACUAAAUAUAAUACCUGGAAAAAAUCAAAUAAUCCUGAUUAUAAACCAUGGUUAUAUCCUGGUCAAACCAAUCUACCAUUGUUAUGUUGGGAUGAUUUGGAUCAGACAGCCAAUUUAGGACCUACUGAUGACGGUGGUGAUGUUACACCAUUACCAUCUGAUGAACCUGUUCUAUUGGAUAGAAAUGGCAGUUAUAAUAAUCGAGAAGAACAAGGAGAUGUAGAAGAAGUAGUAGAAUUCGAUUCAGUACCUGUAGAGGAUCAAAUACAAUCAUGUGUCACGGCAACUUCCAUUGCUACUGUAUCGGAUUCUAGAUAA